GCUCAGUGUGUCAGUUCUGCAUCCACAGAGGAGGAGGAGGAGAAGGCCACACACGGCCUCACUAACCCCUGAGCUGGAAACCUGCUCACUCACAUACACACAGAGAGAGAAAGAGGCCGACAGUGAGCGUUUCUGCAGCAUUUCCUGGACAGAGUCGCUCCUUUUGUGUCCGGGCUGCAGGAGGAGAAGCUGGGGGAGGAAGAAGAGGAGGAGGAGAAGGACGCGUCUCCUUUUUAUUCAAUCCCGAUCUGUCGGCGGUGGAAGGAAGGAAGGAAGACGGGACGUGAUAUGAACCCCUCGUCGGCUUAAAACGGCUGUGCAGCUAAUAAAUAGCCCCGAUUUCAGGGGGGGAGGAGAGAGGCCAUAGAGGACAUUCGUACCUUUAACCCUGACAAAGACUGAACGACAGAGGCUGCAGCGAUGCCCGGGUUUGAUUACAAGUUUCUGGAGAAGCCAAAGAGACGCUUCCAGUGUCCGCUCUGCAGCAAGGCGAUGCGGGAGCCCGUCCAAGUGUCUACCUGUGGACAUCGGUUCUGUGACACCUGUCUGCAAGAAUUCCUCAGGUACAGUCUAAAGCCGAUACCGGAGACCGCGCUGUGUCUAGUUUCGGUCGAGCAACAGUAAAUAAAGGAGGUGCAUGUAGGUGUGUCCUCCUCACCUUUCCUCAGCAGGUUGUGUUUUCUGUCGUUGAGUGUUUUCUGCAGCCGCACACUGAGCAUGACAGUGCAGGGGGAAUGGUAAACAACGCCUGACUGAAUCCCCUUUAGUGUAGUUGCAGGUGUUGUGUCCCCACUCUGCGUGGAUCUAAUGCAUUAUGAACCACUGUGUCAACACAAUGACUAAGGAUCUUUUGUUAGUGUUGUUUUGAUCUGUCAUGCAGGUAUUUUAACGACAUGUAAAGGAUGACCUGGCAAGAAUUUUUUUGCAUAUGGUCGGUUUCUUUGUGAUUUUGCCCCCUCUUGUGUUUUGGUGGAAGGGCCUCUGCCUCUCCAUCCUGUCUGUGUUUUUGCCCCUAAGGGUAACUGACUGAGUCCGCAUGGGUCUCAGGGAUGAUGAGGGAGACUGAGUCUGCUCUGACCCCCCCUGCAGCACCUCCACCACAUCCUAUUGUAACCCACUGAACACUGAAGUCUGUGUUUGCACCCUUAGAAUGAAAGCCUUUGUCUUAUCUGAAGGUAGACAGCACUGUCCUGAAACAGUCACUAAUUAUCAGUCAUCCAAAGGGGGCUCAUGUGACGUCUUCGUCCCUGAUUUCCCCCCCUGAAUCCUUUGGGAAACUUGUUUUGGAGGAGCAGGCGGAGUGCGGUCAUAUUUAGGAUCCACAUGUGCAGAGAAUCGUAUUAGUUUCCCAGGAGAGCUAAAGGGUGUGUAGUGAUGUUCAGAGAGAUCUUCAAGUGAAAAGUAGAAGCGUGGAGUUCUUGUUCUUGCAGAUUAAAAAAACGCUCAGAAGAAGAAUCGAUUGUUGAAUCUACUCCUGUUUUCCUUACUAUACUAAAACACAACACAACAAACAUGCUGUUUCCCAGAGUGUUUUCAGACUUCUUUAGUACUUGGCUAACAACCUAGACCACAACCACUGAUAGUUUCCUGAACUGGAUGACCUCUGUUCGUUAUUUUCUUGAUCACAGAGCGAGUAUUUUAGUCGAUAAAGUGUUAUGCGAAGUGUCUCUGAAAUCUUUAAAUGAUGUCCUCAAAUGUAUUCAGUGAAGACAGCCAGCCUAAAUGUGUUCACGUUAAAGGAUCAGGGACAGGAGUUUGUUGACUUUUUGUAAGAACAAUCUAAAUCCUUGAGUUUGUAGUUAGUUUGUGUCUAAUCAGUUAAUCAUUCAACUUCUGCAGCUCAAAUCUCAAUCCAAAAGUUUUCAAUUAAAUAGUUUGUUUAUGCGAAUUAAAGCUCCUGUGGGGAACUUUAGGUGUGUCUGUUUUUGCUCUCUCAGUCAUCAACGCUUAAGUAGUGUCCUCUGAUGAGACAUGUCCUUAUUUGUACUCUUUUGACAGUCAAGUUAAUUAGUUAUUGUGAAUAUUUAAUGUGAGAAAUGGCUGACACCUACCCUCUCACACUGGUUUCAGGCAUUAAUAGCUACAAUACUUGUUUCUGAUGUUCCUGUUUGUUUCUAGUAUCACACAAAAAGCAUCAAUAUGAGUUUCCAUCUAUGUCAUAAACCUCAGAAAACUCCUCAUUGAAGCUUUAAAGGUUCCUUAUUGUAGAAACUGUUCUGGUUGUAGUGAAUGGAGACCGACUCUUGAUGAUAUGAGAGUACUGAUUCUUGUGUAGGCUGUGCAGAGAUGUGCAGAUGAAUCAGUGGUAAAAACUUCAUUCAUUCCUGCGGAGUCUUUCUUUAUCUCGCACAGACAUCCUGCUGUUGUUUAUACUAAUGUUGUAUCAUAUCAACCUGAUGCAGGAGAGCCGCAGUGUUGACGUGUGCGUGAAAUCAGAGUUUCAGCGACGUGUUUGGAGAGAUUAAACGCAGAAAGACAUAACACGUUUGUCAACUCCCUGGGUUGGAGUUAAAGCCCCAGAGCUCUCAGAUUUAGUUAAAAAUAGCGUUUUAGUUGUUUUACAGCCUGUAAAACCGCUGUGGUUUCUGUUUGUGCUGUACUUUUUCAUGGAGCAGGAUUUGAAUGUGGCUGGUCUUCAGUUUCAUUUCACUGUAACCAGCGCUGAAAAAGAUCAUAAAAUGUCUUCAGUUUUACUUGAUUAAAGUAGAAAACGCCCCGAGGGAAGACUGGCAAACUAAUAAAACUUCUUUGAAAACAACAUUUGCUUUCAGGAAUAGAGGAACAUCUCGUCUAAAUGUAAAAUAUCUUGUAUCAACUCUCCCUAACCUCCUUCUGUCAGAUAAAAACGGUCAGCUGGUUGACGAGAGCCAGGGAUGUGGGUUUGUGCUCUGAAUUCAUAAACAACUGUAGUCGUGAGCUCCGAGCUUCACACCUUGAGUCAUCAGGAAGCCUCCUCUGGCUUACCAAACUGCAGCAGAUCGCAUCUGGUUGAAAAGCAGAGGCUGGGAUGAACAAAGAGAGCGAGCGAGAAGGGGGGGAGAGCGCGCUUUGCUUGCUGCUGAUCAGUCAGUUGGUCCCGACGCUUUGUCUGCAUCAUCCUGCCUCCGCCCCCGUCCUCAUCCUCCGGUUUACACUCCUGUUUUCACUCCCACAGGCUGACUGAAAGUUUCAUAACUCCUGAAAGUUUUUGAUGAGUAGCUUCCUGUGUUUCCGUUUGGUGGAGAUGUGAGUGAGGGUAUUGGUUUGAGUCCUCCUCUGUCAGAGCUACACGGGGAUAAGAUCAAACAGCUGGAGCAGCAUCUGUGGGGAACAUACAGUUCAGUCGAAGUGAAUCAUAGAAGUUAAAAUGAAUCACUCUGUAAUACGGGACAUAUAUGAAGUAGUUAGAACUUGUGGAAAUUCCCCUUUAGAUAGUAACCACAUCUUUUUGACAGGAGAUAUGUCAAAGAAUCAUUGAUACUGUAGUUUUAAAGCUUCUUUGAGGAACUCGGUGAUACCUGGACUGUCAUGACCUUGACAAAUCUUAUCCUGGUUCUUCUGAUACCGUGUAUAACUCACUUUGUGCUGGAAAAAGUUUUUAAAAGUGGGCUUUUCUUCUUCAUGCUGUUUCACCAACCGCCUCACAGGAAUUACAGCCAUCAAACGUCUCUGUAGAGGAGAUAUCAGUGUUGUUGCUUAUAGUUUAGUUUGCUUUUGGGGUCAUUUGAGACACCAGUGUUGGUAUCAGUCUGUUUCAUAGUCGGUCAAAAACUCCUCACAGUAUCUUUAAGUCACUGGAAGCUCUUUCACAGAUAGACUUUAUAAGAUCUAAACUCGUUAGUCAAAGCUCGUCAUAUUUCAUAACCAAUAAAAAUUGUUUGUACAUCUCUGUAAACAUUUAUUCCUGCAGGAAUGGUUAUGACAAUCAUCCACUGAGGAGUUUUCAACAUUUAAUUGGCCAAAUAAUGUGUAACUGCUCCUUUUCAAGAGACACAAUGAGAUUUAUUUCUGUAGAUCUGAUGAUUUCACUUCUUCAUUCAUAACAUUUUACAGUUUCGUUCUGCAGAGAGUAACUAUAAAACCUCUCAAAUGUGACUUAUCAUCAUUUAAAAUCGCACACAGCAGCUUUAGAUAACAGAUAAUUGUAGUUGAUGAUUUUAGUUUACUGCACAGUUACUAAAUAAGAAAUAAAAUCACCAUCUAAUGAGAUUAUUUACAACCUUUCAAAUGAGCAUUUCCUUUACAAGCUUUCAACUCUAAAGUAUUUAUGAAAAUAUUUACAACACAUCUAUAAAGCCAUUAGUCACAACUUGUAAACUUUUACUAAGGCAGCCUCGUUAUAAGUGGCGUUUCACUAUUUGUUAUAUCAGGUUUAAAAUCUAAUCUCUGAAUGAGUUGUCAGUCAUUCAGAUUUGUUUGUGAAAGAUCAUAUCACCUCUGAUAGUUCCUGAUUCACUUCUCAUGCUAACUAAAUCUGGAAUAAACACGUGUAUAAACAGCAGGUGAUCAUUCAGCAGAAACAGAGGCGGAGCGAGGCUGCAGAUCCUUCACCUCUUUAAUGAACAGCGUGUGCCAGUUCAGGCCGUCCUCACCCCGCUCUCUCUCCGCCGAGCGCACGCAUCUUUUGUGAGGGGCGUUCGAGUUUAUUGGGGCUGACAGACAGUAGUUAGCCAAUGCUUCACUCCCAUUGUGCAAGUAGCCUGAUCCCUCUCUCGUAAUUACUGGAGGCUAUGGAGCAUCGAGCCCGGGCCUGCCAGCCGAGUCUGCCCACUUUCACAUUGACGGACUCCUCGCCGCCUCUAGAGCCCCGCUGCUCUGUCGCAACAAGCCUCGAAGGAAUGUUGCUGCAUGGCAUGGCCACAGUGUUAAUCAUCCUUUUACAAGGAAACAGUUGUUCCUGAAAUCAGAUCUUACUUCAUCACUUUGACACUCCUCCUGUUUACCGUUGAUAGGCGGAAUAAAACAGUGGAUCUGUGGUUUAUUACAUAACGUGAAGAAGUUUUAAAACGCAUACGUGUUUAUUGUCGACGUACGUGGCAGCAUCAAUGAUCGUAAAGUAAUUGUCAUACCUCAGGGAAGUGAAAGUCUGCAGAUGUGUUGUUAGUUAUGCAACCAUGACUGCAGUCAGGCAUUAAUCAUACAGUUUGAUUUUGAUUUUGCUAAGCCAGCAAUAAAAGGAUUUAAUUUUUAAGUCAAAAGUAUGAAUUGUAAAAGUUAAAAGUAGAGAUGCACCAAUCCAUUUCUCUGAUCCAAUCCGAUACCGAUACCUGGGCUGAGCAUAUCAGCUGAUAACCGAUACUGAUCCUUAAACACAAACCAGUCUUACAGUAACUACAUGUCAACAUUGCAAGCAGGGGGGAGAAAAAUCUAUAUUCUGUGUAAUGAAUUUCGGGAUUUACGAACUAUACUGCAGCCUGUCACCAGAGGGUGCUGUUCUCGGAGUGGCUUCACCCAGCGAGGAUGCAGACGACGUCCAUUCUAUAUACAGUCUAUGAUCGGAACGCUGGAUUGGCGUCAUUCAUCAGAUAUCCGAUCCAGUUAAUUGGUCAAUAUCGGAGCUGAUAUCCGAUCCAAAUAUCGGAUCGGUGCAUCCCAAGUUAAAAGUUGAAUAUGGUGGAUAAAAUCUUUCCAAUGUCUCUGAACCAUCAUGCGUCACAGAGGAGGGCAAAUCCUCAGUCAACACUUUAACCGCCUACUACGACAUUGCAUGGUGUUUUAAACCAUCUAUAUUUAGUGCUCAUACGGUUUGUGGAUGCUUCAGAUUUUGAAAGGGGUUCAACCUUCCCCCCCCACUUCAAAAGACAUCAGAACAAAGCUCCCUGAGAGGCACUCAAGGUAACACGUGAGUUGAACCUCCACCAUGAGUCUGGUCUGAGCCUUCAAUCUGUUUGCGUACGAUGCUAAUAGUCUGUAUUUCUGCCUCGGGAGGAACAUGUAAAGGCUCCUCAGAGUCCUGCAGGCUGCCCCAGCGCUGAGGGAGAGUCAUGGGGUGAGAGCGGUUCAGCCUCCAGCCCUCUCUGCAAUCACAUGAGUCACAUGCUUCAACAAUCCAGUGUGUGCUGACAGGGGCAGGCCUUGUGUUUUAGCAACACUGUCUCCUUAAUAAAGGACAAUCAGCACUUAAUAGCAGGGCUGAUUGCCAUGCCACACAUGCCGGGCCUCCUGGCUCAUCAGCGCGGGGUUUACUGAGCCGGAGCGAUGUGUACAAUGAGGUGCGUGAGAUGCGUGCAAUGAGACGGUGGUGUUUCUGUGGGAUGAUGCAGUGCGGUGCCACGGCCCUGACAGUGGUGUAAUUGGUUUGUUCGGCUCCGGAGCGUCCUCCCACAGGCCUCCACGCAGUUUUGUAGCGCCACUGCAACUGCUGACUUACCCGGAGUCACGAGGAACUCCGAGGUGGGCUAAUGUGAGAGUUUUUCACAGCUCCAUUAUUCACUGUCCUGGAGCCAGGGGAGGUUUCUGUUUAUUUUUUAGUCUUUUGGAACUAGUGGUGAUUCAUUUUAACUUUGACACAUUCUCUGCCUGUAGCGCUGCUUUUCUCUCCUCAUUGAUGGAGGUGAUACUUGCUUUUUCUGCAUCCUCUCCCACGCUUUGACAGUCUAAAUGCCCCCAUGCACAAUCACCAGCAUUUUAAGUACCGCAGCCGAACGCCUCUUCUCUCCUCUGCCCUUAGUCCACCAGCAGCUGUUUGUCUAAUUUCAAUAUGUGGGCACUUAGGUGGCAGAAAAAAAAAUCAAUAGCACUUCCUGAUGAGUCGCCUCUUAUGAGGGAUUUCUAAGGUUUCACAGAGGGCUUUAUUGAUUGUUCCAUAAAUCAGUCAAUUAAAGCAGCAACGUCUGAACAUUUUCAGUCUUUAUAAAUCAAAAUAACCUUACACAGUCGCAAAACAAAUAAAAAGAAAUGAUCAAAUGUGUGGCUUUGUCCAGAGGCUUUUAUUCCAGUGAGUGUAGACAGGAAAAAAACAUUUAUUGAUGCUUUAAUUAUGAGUUAAAGAUCUGCAAAAGUGAAGAGGUGUGUCAUGUGUUGUUUUUUAAGUCCUGUGCUUAUAGCUGGGGCUGCAGGUACGAUUAAGGGCUAUUGUCAUAAUGGGAAAGUGCUUUACAACCAGUAUGUAAACAAGCACAGAUGACAGAUCUUGUAGUAUAGUUCUGUUUUGAUCAAGAGAAUGGGGGAAAAACAGGCGUAUUACUAUUUAGGGAGAGCUGAGGGCUGGUGGUGCUAGCUCUGAUAAAGGUAGACACAGUUUGUUUGGAGGAAUUAAAAUUUCCAUUUAAGCAAAAAGGAAAUUCAUCACUUUGAAACAUCCUCGGUAAAAAUCCAACCUUGAGUUUUCAGGAUGUGGUUAAUCCCUCUCGGUAGCAUUAAUCCUUUAUUCAGGUGGUAAUGAAGGUUUAAUUGUUACUAAUCUACUUAUUAAUCCUUUCUCUAAUAAGCCAUUUAGUCUCCUGCUCAACAUUUUGAUACACUGAAAGUGUUCGGAGAAAUACUGAUACACCUAACGUUCAAGUGAAACAGGGAGCAGACACUUAGCAGCAGAGCUUUGCAGAAACUUCGGAAAAGUGAAACAAUCCUUCAACCAGCGCUAGAGAAGCUCUCAGGUGCUGGUUUGACAUCUUUGCGUAACAGUAUUUCAUUUUCUGAAGUGUCGUUCUCUCCUGAACAGAGCGAAAGUUUGCUUUCUUUCGCCCUCCCUCUGAAAAGUCGUGCGAGAUCAAAACAGCAGCCUGAAGUGUGUUUGUUUCUGUCAGUACGUGUUAAUCUAUCUUAUUUCGCUCCUUUUAACUCCUAAUGAAUCCUCGUCUGUCCAUUGUGAGUGCAGCCGUGCAGAGGGACGUAUAGAGAGGCUCUUCAGCGGCUGUGAUGGGGCGUUUCUUUGGGGCCUAAAUGGAGCUGUGUUGCUUUGGUGCCCAGUGUUGUGUGUAAGUCUUCCACUUGAGGCAGCUGGGGCUUUGUGUCUCUGUGGGUAUCUGUAUGUGAAUGAGAGCGAUGCCACGGAUGGCUGAUGAAUGACUGUGUGUUCGUCCCUCGGUCCCAUCAGAGGGACAUUCACAGCUCCCCCCCCAUCCUCCCACCAGGUGUCCGAAAAAGGCUGCGAGGACAUCCUGAGUCCAGAUCCGGAGAGUCGGAGGGGAAACUCUGCCGUCCCAUCCUUCUCUUACCACAACAGCGGUCAGUGAUCUGCACACAGAGAGAGGUUGUGUUCAGCUGAGUGAAAAGCCCUCAGGCCUCCACUCUGCACUUUGGGGUCUGUGAAGGCCCCUCAGAGCAGAGCGCCGAGGCUGCUGUCAGCUGAUGAACUCGGGGUGACAGAGCUGGAAACAGCCCAGUAAAUUCAAACUCACGACUAAAAGAGAGAAAGAGAAGUUCACUUUGAGGGAAGAGAGACACGCAGAGUAGAGAAAGGCUUCAACAUACAGCAGUAUAUAUAUCCCAGAAAAGAACAGUCAGCUGGUAACGCACCCACACCUCUGUGACGUACCGUACCUGCGCAGCACAGAAAAGCUGCAACGCCCACUCUUUGCAUUUUAUUCUCACAGUGGCUGAAGUUACUGACUGACUGACCCUGAACUUCACACGUGAUCCCGCCUGUGGACUUUGAAACUAUUGACAGACAAGCCUCUGAUCUUUAAAGUUUAACGUGAACGUGUUGUGUUGAAGUAUCUGAAUCAGAAAUAGAGUAAAAAAACAAGACAUUAACACUGAACUACAUUCCUGCUUCCUGACACGAAAUGUUGAUUUAAAGAUGACUCUUUUGGUUUAAUAAUGAGCUGUUUGCUCUCUUACUAACAUUAAACCUAACAUUUCAAUAUAAAUGAACAUUAUAGAUAUAAAUAAGGCAAAUUUCACAACUUUUAACAAACUUUUCAGCCAUAGGGAACUCCUAGGACCUCUCAUUAGCUUUGAUGACAUUACAUGGAUUGCAGGACAGGACUAUUCUCUAUCUGGGCCCCCUUGGCUCUGCAUGUUGCUCAUCAUUUCCUGACUCUUAAAACCAGCCGGAGAGAAAAUGAUCAUUUUACCUCAAUAUCUACAUGCUAAUAGAAGCUAACAUUUUUGCCACUGUGUCAACAAGCAGAGAGGAAAUACGCCAGACGCCUGUCUUUGAUCGAUUUCGAUAAGAAAUAAAACGAUUCAAAGAGUUUCUGCGCUUCAUUUCAGCUUUAGUAAGAGCCGCUUCAGUUUGGAUGCACAUGAAAGUAGCUGCUCUAAGCUGAAAAUGAAAGCCUGAGAAUGUAACCAAAACAAACAAGAGGAAACGACCCUAAAUCACAGUAUUUUAUGGGUGUUAGGAAAUGGAUGUUGACAUCUGAUAGCCGGUAAUUACCCACUGUUUAUAAGGCUAGCAUGAGAAAAAGACCUCAUGGUGAAGUUUUGAACCCACAAUCUGAUUUAAAACCAGUAAACUUUCACCCGACAGGAGGUACAUUCUUACAGAUAGUCAAGAAAUUCACUUCUUUGGAUCAACAUUGUCAUAAAUUACCCGUGUGAUGUUUGGUCCAGUUCUUACUUAUCAUGGUUUGAAGUAAAACAAACACAGCCCAGGAGAAUAAGAGCUGUUUUUUUUACUUUUUCCAUUACUUUUUAACUCUUAUAAUGAUCUUCAGCCUUCUUGGUGAUAAAGAAAGAGUGUUACAAUGACUUUCCCAGAUUCUUGAAUGCACUUUUUUCCAAUUUCUCAACUUACCUGCAACAAUAACUAAAUAUUAUUUCGGUUUUUGUGCAGUGAAACCAUUCAGGAAAUAUUAAAAAAGAAAGAUAAGUGGACGAAGAGAAUAGUUUCAUGCUAUAGCAGUGACAUCGUGAAUUUUAAUGUUUGUUCCUUGAGAGUUUCAGACAGACAGAGACACAGAGAUGUUUGAGGAUAAGGUAAUCGCAGCAGAUCUCCUGGGAGGAAGCGGAGAGGCUUUAGAGAUGCAGCUGUGAUGAUGACAUCGCUGAGAGAACGAGCUCUGACCGUUUCACACAGCUGCACAACAACUCGCACAAGAUGAUAUUAAGAGCGUCGGUAUUGUGACAGCUGCUUUGUGCGGAUGAAGAAAUUAGAGCGCCGGGCGCUCUUGUCGUGGGGGGAUGAAACUCUCAGAAGUCAGAGGGGCCACUUAAAAUUCUUAGGUGGAUUUUCUCAUUUGAGCCUCUGGAUGUUGACGGGGCGGCUCUCCACGCGUCACUUUCAGGUCACAUCAUCUCCUCUGCCGCCGCUGUGAGGGAGGUCGUUAGUGACGGCUAGCUCAAGCAUAAUUCAUCGCUUAUGAGAGACUCGAGAGAAGUGACAGAUUUUAUUUGAUUCACGAGCAAAAGCAGCCGUCAGAGUUCAUCCAGCUGCAGCUUAUAAACUCUCAAUACUCAGACAUUUGUAAGUAGUUUUUAAGAAGACAAGUUGACUUCUGCAUGAACCGUGAACGCUUGUCCAAACAACUGACCACACACGUUGUCCUCUCAGCGCUCUGUGGUUGAGAGCGAUGUGAAAAUUAGGACAGAGGCAAUUUGUGGUUUGUUGGAAGUAUGAAAAGCCCUGACUCAUCGUCCAAUCACCUGAGUCACUGGCUUUAAAAUUACAGCAAUUACUGUCUGACUGCAUGUUGCAUGAAGAGCCGAACUCACCUACGCAGGUGCUUCGGUUUGUUAUUGUGUAGGUUUGUGAAUGAAGUUUUUUUUAUCUUUUGUUAUUUUUCCGUCUCCAUGAGGACAAAAAGACUUUUAGAAAGAACUGAAGUAGAAGAAGCAGAUCCCCUUCUAUGAAGGCUUCUGUCUUACAACAACAGGUUUCUACUACUGUAGUGAAAUUCUCCCCUGCUGGGUAUUAAUUUGAUUCAUAUUAAUAUCUGAAUGAGCUGCAGCGGAAAAAAGAGUGUGUGUGUGUGUGUGUGUGUGUGUGUGUGUGUGUGUGUGUGUGUGUGUGUGUGUGUGUGUGUGUGUGUGUGUGUGUGUGUGUGUGCAGUAGUGUUGUGUCGUUCGCGAAUGAUUCGUUCAAAAGAACCAAAUCUUUUAAGUGAACGUACGGAACUGAAUCACUUCCUCAGGUGAUUCGUUUAGUUGAGCUGAAGUGAGAAACAGCAUUGCCAGGCCAGCAGCCGGCAAAUGAGGGACCACACGCACCACUACUGAAUCAUUUGGUGAACGAUUCACUCAUUGAACUCCACUCUCUGGAAUCACUUUUGUCAGACAAAACUACCUUAUUUUUUCACUGCUCAAUUGCCACCACAACAACUUGCAUACAAUAGGACACAGCAUGUAACAAGUAGUGCAUUAAACCCACAGUGGUUUGUGAGGGAACGGUGCAUGUCCAGUGAACGAAUCACUCACUGACCCCAAUUUACUGUGCAGACCUGAUAAAUAGCACACCAUAGGACAGUACACUUAAAACAUCAUGACUUAUAACCAAGUUCAUUUUUACAAACCUGUUUGUCAAAGCAACGCAGCCAAACACUCUCGUCUCCCAGUCCCAGAAGCUUUGAAUCGAACUGAAUCCUGAACCGUUCAGCUGUGUCGGUCAGAGUCACAGGUUUCUCCCGCUAAAUUAUUCAGUGAUUUGGUGAACGAAUCUUUUGAACAAAUCUUGAGUGAAGUGGUUCUUGUUGAUUCAGUACAUCUAAAAGAACUGCGGUGCCCAUCACUAUUGUGCAGCCCCCAUAAGAGCCAGUUACGGACAUGCCUCGACUUGUCCUGGCGUAUAAGAGCUCUUUAAAUGAAUCUCACAGACUUUUGAGCCAAACAAAGGCGGAAAACAUUCCAGCUAUGCAGCGCAGCACCUUUCCCCUUGCACAGAGAGCAUGCUGGGACCGAGCAGACAAAACCAGCCCUGCUGCAGCUUGGACUGCAGCCAAUUGGCCCACAAUCUGAAGCGCAUGGCUAGUGUGUACACGUGCCCCGGUAUGCAUGCUAUGUGAGGCAGUGUUGAUAAAUACAUGCAUGCUUCCUGUCUGUUCACUCUGCCGCCACACUCACUUUGUAGAUCUAUAAUUAAAUACCAUUUAAGAGGUUGAAACAGCAGAUAUUUGACGCUAUGACGCACAGACUCAUACUCAAAACACGCCAGUGCUCAGUAUUUAUUCAUCCGCAUCGUAACAUAGUACCUCCAACCCCCUUCCCUGCCCCCCUUCAGUCUGUUUGUCUCAUGCACAGGUCACUGAGCCAGGAAGCAAACCGACUCUGAGCGCACAUAUGCAUGCAGACACACACACACACAUGUUCAGACUCCCACAGAAAUUAUUCCAGCAGGAGGAUUAUUGUUGUUUUUUUUUCCUGCAUAACUGACUUAGCAAAGCAGGCUGUUAAAUGAACUCCAGUCUGAAGAGAGCAGAGACAGACACCAUUGAGAAUCACGAAAAAGGUGGAUUGCCAAAAAAAUAAUUGGUAAAUGAGUCAUUUUUAAAGCAAAUUUAAGAAAAAUACAAAUUUUCAGCCUCUGAUUGGCAGGUUUUUUGUGUCGUUUUCUUAGUUUAUGGAUCACAUGUGUCUGAUUCUUGGCGCUCUUGUACCAAUUUCUCAGUUUAUGGUAAAAACACUACCCGUGUCUGCUUGUUGUGAGGUGCUCCCGGGAUGCUCUGACAGAGACUGUGUGUGCAAAGUGAAGUUGUCUCUUUGAUAGCGUGCAGCUGAGGUUUCUCUGCAGAAGUUGCCGAGCAGAUCAGACGGCAUGUGAGGAAUCUGUGUCUGAGGUCUGAAAGGCGAGCAGCUGGGAGCGGAGCAGAGAGUGUGAGGAAGUGGACGGCCCGCUGCCGAGGCACCUGUCCUCAGUGAAAGGCCCCUCUGUAGAGCCGAACAGGUGUCGCAGAGCAGUUCAACCCUUCACUCCAACACACUCUGAAUUAUAGUCAUUUAUCCGGCAGGAGCCCAGUCAAUGUUAAGGUCAUCAUCCAGUUGCCCCUCAGCCUCUACUCCUUUUGUUUUUUCUCUCAGGCGGUGAAGGCGUCCUUCCUGCCAUCCUCCUCUCCUCCAGCUGCUCUGUUUACUGCGGUGGCCCUUUAAGCAAACAGCUCAUUGACUCUGUUGAGGACACUAACUCCCUUGUGUUGUGUCUCCGGCUCUCGCUCGCAGCUCAUUUUCCAGAUAUGUCAACACUGCGUUGAUACUCUGAACCGUGUCUUCCUCCCUUUGCACAAGCGCACUAUUGAUCCAAUGAAAGAGCUGUGCAGGAAGCCGCUCUGUCAGGUGCACGUCGAGAUGGAUCGCUCAGUCGGCUCUGCAGAAUGAAGGAGCGCUUGUUCCAGACUCUCUCGGCUUACAUGCGGCGGAAAUGGGAUGUGAUCAGCUGAUUGUUGUGAUAAGUUUGCAAAAGUGGGCCAUGGGAACUCAGGUUAUCAAUUACACUGCGUAUUAUCGAGCGAAAACAGCAAAGAAGUCCAAGGUUGAUUUCUUUUAAAUUGAGUGUUUUGUCACAACCUUUAAGAGGAUGAGACAGCCGUCUUUAAAAAGAAAGAACAGCAAAUAUUUAGAUUUAAGGAGCUGAUCAGUUACCAGAAUACUAGAAAUUCUUGAUCAAACUUGGUGCAGAGCUGAAACUGAAAAGUGAUUCUCAUACAGAGCUCCUUUUUACCCUUUAUUCUUAUUCGAGUGACGAGCCGUCCCUCCUCUUUUGCUCUUUUUAUGCACCGAUUCAAAAAAACCUGGUCACUUAUCUCACUGACGCUCCCGGCAACAGCAGCAGGUUGAAGAAAUUCACACUGGAUGCACAAUGCAGCUGAGGCGCUUCUGAAACAAAGGAGGCGUUUUCACAUCAGCACCUCGCCUCGCUGAACAAAGAAACUGCAUCCACAAAGCAGAGAGGUGGACAAGUGCAGGAGGAGCCACUCACAGGCAGCAGCCACAGGAGGGCAUGUACAGGCCGGGGGCGUCUUUUGUGCCCUGAUUUAGACUCGAUCUGCAUGUGCUGCGCUCUGCAGAUUCAGACUGAUGGAGACUUAACAGCAGCCCGAGUGUCUCUGAUAUAGAGGCUGAUUAUGGGAGCAGAGGGCACUGAUUGUUUAUUUUUUGUGAAUCGGUGCAUGUGCCUGUGUGUGCUUACUGUCUGCCAACUGUGCUCCCACACACACACACACACACAGAUACACUUAAAAGCCCUCACCUUCCCUCCUAGUUACCAUGGACACAAAAGCACAGGACCUAAAAUUGUCACUGCCAGAGAUGUGCACACCUCACACACUGACAAAUCAGGAAAAGGAGCUUUUCUGCUCCGAGUUCAAUAGAAAUGUAAAUGAGUCGGAGGCAGAAACUUUACCUUGUUUAACUUUUCUUUUUAAGCAGAAAGUGAGGCUUCGAUUUGACAUCCUUUCGGAGGUAAGCAGCAUAUAGGACGAAAAGUUAAGACGACAGAGAGAAAGAGAGAGAGAGAGAGAAUGAAGUUUGCAGUUUUUCCGCCUGAGAGGAACACGAAUGACUCAUGACACAUCAGACUCGCGGCUGAGCCUCCCGCGCUCCUCGCUGCAAUAACGGUGAAUCACAGCGAUGCAGGUCUCAGACUCUGACAAGGAGAAAAAUCCAAAUCAUUAGCCUAUCUGUCUUUCUGUGACGCCUUCAGCUCGCCGUGACCUCGGACCCAAGGAGUUCAAGCGAUACAGAGACCAAUGUGCUAUGAGCUCCACAACUUUUAAAGCAAACACACUCCAAGGAUGAGUCACGCUGUGUUGACACACCACAAAAUAACGUCUGAAUUUGCUGAAUGGGACUCCUCCACCUUGAGCUAAUUAUCGGAUGUGUCACAAAGGACGCUGCACUUUUUUAUGGCGGGGUUUGGACGUUAACUGAACUGUAAUAACUUCCUCACACUGCAAAGCUGAUAAAGGUUCACCCACGUCUGCUAGAAUAAAGCAGGCCAGGUCAGGAGGCGUGUUAGCGCCUGUGUUAGCGUGGAGUGUUUCUCUGUGAAGGACAGCUGGUUAAUGACUGCAAGGCUGUUCUUUCUAGAGUUUGAUGGAGUUUAUGUUCAAAACACAAUACCAGAGCAUCACGUCGACAGUGACCUUUGACCAGAAACACUUCAGGAUAAUCUCUUCACAAGUAUACAGACACCGGUUUGGCCUAGAGACCAAGAAUGGCGCCUGAUGUACAGAGGCAAUAACUCUCAAGCAGCGUAACCUGCAGCUCCUUCACUGCAUGUCACUUCCAACGCCCUCUCUCUCCUGUUUUUCUUUUGCUUUCACUGUCGUAUCCUCUCUGAAGGUCUAAAGUGCCACUAACUCAAAAAAGAAGCAGGUAGAAUAAUAAAAAGUCAAGUUUCAAUUAGGCCUGGGAGAUUUGGCAAAAAAAAAAAACACGAUGUAUUUUGUUGUAUCGUCCGAUCCCAAUUAUUAUCACGAUUUUUUUUAACUGCCUGUUUUAAAGCAUCUGUACUAAAUACUAAAGAAACUCGAUUAGUUCAACAUUUUAUUAAGAUAUGAAGUAAAUAAAGAAUAAGAUACACUUAGAAAAAUGUAAAAAACAUUUUAACUUAACAGUACAACAAAUGUAGAUAAAUUCUAAAUAAUACAGUGAACUAGUUUACAGUCCUGAGUGUUUUAGCAGGUAUGCAAGACCCAAAAUAAGAGAUAAUGAAGAUGUAAACAUUAGAUGAUGCGAUUGAUCGCUGCUUUGGUCUAGUGGCUGCAACGCUAGUUGUGGCUAAACUGCUAAUGCUACUCGUGCCGUCAGCAGUGACAGGCUGUGCAGAAUCCGCUCACAUUUUCAUGCUUUCUGCAUAAUCAUUUGGGAGGUACUUCUUCAAAUGAUUGAACAGAUUUGUUGUGUUGUCGGUUUUUGAGGGCACCGACCGCCAACAUACCUUUCACAUCAGCUUAAUUGCUCGAUGUCACUUUGGAGAUACCAGAACCACUGCCACACAACCGACGUUGAAUAACUUCUCAACAAUAACAUCUUCGGAGGAUGACUCAAAGGCUGACAUCUGUUUUGCUGCCCUCAGCUCUGCGUUUAGCUCCACAUUCGGUCAUUCUGUUUACUUCUCUGGCAACUUACAGAAGUGAGCAGGAAAAGCUCGACUCUGAUUGGCUGUUGUGACGCACAUUUCCGCUAUGUUUGAUCGAGUAAUUAUGCUCACAGCUGAUCACCGUGAACAAACUGAAAUUUAUCACCAUCAUCGAUCACGAUCAUAUAAUCGCCCAGUCCUUGUUUCAGUCGAAUUGUACUUCUGAUUUUUACCGAGAUCUACAAAAGCCAACUAAACCACAGAAAUUAGGUGUUGCUAACCGAAAAGAAAAGGCGAGAAAAUAUUGAAGGAAGCCUCUCACUACAUAACAAAGGUUGGGAUGUUUCAUCUGCAGCCGUCUUUACUCAAUACCAGUCAAUGUUGUGUCCGAUUUUUCCUGCUAAGCAUGUUUUUAAUUGCACAGCCUUUGUUUUGGCCACUGGGUUAAAGCCAAGCACAGAAUCUUUUCUUUGCAACAUUACAACCACUUGAUGACAUUUGUAGACUUAUUUUUUUGAUUGCCUUCCAAGCACAAAGAAAGAAUAUAGACUACAUGACGGUUUGAAACAGUAAAGCUGCCAAGUAAACUAAGAGCAUCAGCAGCCUUUCUUAGAGCACAGGGAUUAAGAUGAAGAGUGACAAAAAACAGAUGUAAGGAAACUCACUGACUCUUUUUUAUUUUGCACCUCCUGCUGAACGAGCUGCGUUUGACAUUUAAUUUUGAAGCGUCUAAAAACCUCUUUUGUUGACAAAGACAAACUGUCUUGAGUCGACUGACCUGUUCCACUUCCUGUUCUAGUUUCGGGGUGAACAGGUGCAGGUUAAUUAUCAGAUCUGCGGUUUUUAAGACCUUACUGGUCUGAGGGAUUAUCUGCACCGCCCACCUGCUGUUACGGGUGGUCGGUGCAGAAAUGUGGGGAGCUGAUGUCAGCCUCUCAAUCAUGAAGUCGCUCUGCUCUGUUUUUUGUUUAACUUGACUCUCUUUGCAGACGUUGUUCUCUUUUCCCUCUAAGCUUGUUUACGACUCAUUCUUGCUCCACAUAUUUUCAAAGGAGAGACGCUCACUCUGGAAAACAAAGAAUGUUUUGAUUGAAAGGUGAUGAGCGCUGUGUUUCUCAGAGGCUCUUUCCCCUCAGGAUUUACAGCAGAUCCACGUGCAUUUAAAACAACUGUCCUCUCUCUUUGUUAUUGGCUUUGGCAUUGAGAGAAGACUCCAUAAACCAGUGAACUGAAGUGCUCUGCCUAAGAAUUGCUAUAAAAUAAGAUUCACGGUGAGAGCGUGCGGAGCAGCGGUUCAUGAGCUCAUGUGUCUGUAGGUGCUGCUGCUGAAUCGUGAAACUUUACCUCCAAGUGGCCUCUGAUUGAUGCGUUGCCUCCGGUGGCCAAAAGCUGAGUAAAUUCUCUUUAAAGAUAAACUGUCCCUCUUGGCCGUCAGGCUCGGUGAAACUUAUCUUCGCAGUUUUGGAAGCCAUAACACGAACCCCGUGGGGAGCAAAAGGAGGUCGUUACGGGGGAAUAAUGAGGCGUCAGGAUCUGCUAACAAGUCGUUGGUAUAUUCCUCCUCAUCCUGCUGCAGGAGUUAGGACAGCCCCAACAGGAAAAAAGGCAGUUUGACGCUUAUAUCACUCUCAAAUCCACGCCACCUAAUUCAGGCAGCAGCUUGUAUUGUCCCAUUACCCUACAAUGGGAUGACCUCAUCCACGGCACCUUAAUUGGAAACCUCUAGAUGUUACACCCUUUUUAUUUUAAUGGCUUUGUAACACAAAAGCCUGGUGGGAUUUUGUCCCAGAUUGAUAUUUAUAAUCUUUGCCACAGUGAGGAAAAACUCCUCCUUCACUAAAACCCUCUUCUUGCAUUUCAAUCUUGUGUCAUACUCACCCCAACGACGAAUGUAUCUGCUACUGUCCUUACCGAUCAGAGAAAGUGUGUUUGCACUGAAAUGCUACACAAAUGUUUAUCUGUGGAUUUACUGGGUAUUAACCUCCUAACCUCCGAAUCAACCAUCUGCUGGAUAUUCUGGCCGUAGACGAUACAUUAGCUCAGUCAAAAGUCUAAAAAUAGCGAUAAAUUCCUCCUAAAAUUAAGAGGAAUAGUUGGUUAUUUUGGGAAAGCACAACAGUUUAGAUCAUAAUGAGACUAAUGGAUACCACUUAGAAACAACUACUAAAUAUGGAGCUAACUUUAAAGCUAGUCAGCGAAGAUAAGCAUUCAUCAAGACUGCUAUGAAGUGGUUAUUUUGUCUGCUAAAGUUUGGUCCUGUUGAAUCAGAUUGUUCUUUCCUUCUGUUUGCAGAAUUUAUGCUAAGCUAAUUAAUGCCUCUUCCAUGCCAAGCAACAAACUUACAGUUGUUAACAAUGCACCACUUCUAAAACACAGCUGCAGACCUUAUUGACAGAUUUUAAUUUCACAUCAUCCACUUUCUGUUGUCUCUUUAAGCUGCAGCCUCUCACUGCUGCACUUCUUCAUGACUGAGACCCCGAUAGCUGAUUCAUUAAUGCCGUUUGAAGGAGAAACCAGGCAGCUAUAUGGCUAAUAGUUUUAUUUUCCAAUGCCGUAUGCAUACAGUUGGCAGGCCGCUCUCCUUUUAAUAGGCCAGGCAAUGGCUUGGCAGUCUCAGAGCCCCUCCGUCCACAGCAGGCAUUCCACAGGAUUAGUGUGGCAGUACUGCAGCUCCUGAGAGCCAGCCGCCGUCGCUGCAGAUCGCCCUUUCGAGUAGAAAUCUGCCCUCCGAGGCUGAGCUAAAAUUAGGCCAGCCAUCUGUGAUUAAAUCAGUUAAAAUUUACACGUGUCUACAACAUUUUCAAGCAUGCUUUUCUUGCAUCUAGGGCUGAGUCUGUGAAUGUCGGCUUGAUCCCUUUCUUGCUUCAUUGCAGCAUUUACAUCUUCACAAAUGUUUGUCAGUGGGUAGUAAAAUGGAGAGUGGGGUGUUUCACACCUACUGCAACCUUGACAGCAGCUUUUAGCACAUUUUCACAGACCAGAAGGUACCUCUCACAUGUGCGACAUGUUAAAGCUCAGGACUUUCAUUGAUCCGUGGGUGCAGUCCUCCACCCGCCCCACCUCUCCAAAAAUCGCGCUUCAAACCAGAUCAAACGUGAAGCGUCUCCUUUCAAGCCCUCUUUUCCUUUCAUGUACGCUGUGCAGGCCUGAAUGUGAGAGAGAGAGAGAGUGUGUGUGUGUGUGUUUGUGGAUACGCCUCUGUUAUUACGGUGGUCCCAUUUUUAUUUUUUUUUGCUGUGUGAUGCGUGGGUGAGACUGCACUCAUGCAAGCAUGAGCUCAGCUCUUGGUGGGACUCUCUCUCUCUCUCUCUCUCUCUCUCUCUCUCUCUCUCUUCCAACCCCCCACCCUGCAUUAAGAUCAGCAGCAGUUAGUGAAAGUGGAUUGAUUUUCCCGUACCACCUCCUGCACACAGUAUAUAUUCUGGCGGAUGAAAUCGACAGAGAAAACAAAAGAUCCAACAGAAUUCUCUCACUUUUGCAGAUUUAUUAUUUUGAUCGGCUGCCAAGUGCACAAGAAAAGAAUACACAGAGGUAUGAAACAGCUAAACUGUGAGUGAAAUCAGUACUAUCAGUCAACCAGCAGGUUCUUUUUUUACCAUAGGUCUCAGUUUCUGUAUUUACCGUAUCGAGGCCAUAAGCUAAUAAAGUCUAGAGAAACAAGCUAAGCAGGGCUGGAUUAGCGUUUCAUGUUAUAGCCCUCCCCUCUCUGAUAAACACUCCAUGUCAAAACCAGAUCAGACUGAUGGAGGGAGACACUGCAAGGGGAUUAUAAAUACUUGCUUGCUAUGCCUUCCCUCCUCACACACUUAAAGAUGGAUUAUUGCAACUCUUAGGCCUGCGCUCAGCCUGCAGAUGGCUGCUCCUCCUCCCUCCGGCCCUCCCUCUGUCUGCUCUUCCAUCCAUCCAUCCUGCCUUCCUUUCCUCUCCUCUUCCUACUGUUUUUGCAGACAGCUUGUUCUCUAGCAGGUGCUUCUUUCCCUUAUGGUUGUUAUCACGGCGGCGUGUCUAAGCUUCACCUCUGGCAUUUUGAUGAGUCAUCGUCUGAUUGCUCACAAAUUGGAAACGACCAUCUGAAUUCGCCUCGCCAGCAUGUCAGAGCUACUUUUAUCAUCGCGCGAGUAAAUACUUCCAUCCAGGAAACGCACAACUGUUAUCAACAGAGGAACCAAAUUAACGAGUAACACAGAAAUCCACCACCUACAGACAAUGCUGGGAAAUCCGUUAUGUAAUCGCCUCUUAUUACUCAACAACUGCGACAUCAUUCAUUAUGGAUUCCUCCUAAAACACUCUAAGUAUAGAUUUGGAUGUAUUAAAGGUUUUCAUAUUUAAAAAAUUGACCUACUUAAUACUUCAAAUCUUUAAACACCGAUAGACAGGAAUUGUCCAUCUUUAUACUUGAACAUAAGUUAAUUUAAACUACAGCUAACUCUUUCCAUUCUUGUUUUAGAAUCCAACAUCCCUGGAAAAGCUUCCCCCUAAAUGCCUGUUGUAUGUUGUGUCACGCUGUUACACCACCAUCUUACCUCUAUCCAGAGUUGUAGCUCCAGUUAACAGCGUCUGUAGUGCUACUCUAUCCAGAUUCCUGCUGGUUCUGCUAAUGUUCGCCACACUAGACGGACUAUUUUGACAAACUUAGAGAUCCAGCGUUGAGCAGUGUUAAAAAUAAAGCUAAUUUGGACUGUUUCUCAACUGUUGUCCAAACUUUUAGCUGGUUGUUUCAUAUCAGAAUUAAGAUUUUUUUUAAACAUCAAGGAAACUAACCCCUUUGAAAGGACCUGAAGAGAAACUACUCUACAAGUGUCCCAACUUUGCACAUUGUUUGUCCAUUUCUCUUCAUUCAUUAGGGCCUGAGACGACAGUAAAGCUGUGCGGCGAAGUUCUCGAUCAUUAUUAUUAUUAUUAUUAUUAUUUUACGGCCUCUGAAAAUGCAAGUUUGACCCCCUGAACAACCUCGAAAAUUCCCGAAAAUUUGCAGGCAAGUCAGGAUCAGGAUGUGUUAGUUCACACUCAUACACAUAAUGAAGUCUUUAACUGGCAUGGUUUAGCUUAGUAUAUAUGCCUCAACAUUAAGAGCUCAGUCCUGCCAGUUUAAGGGGAUUUGGGGUUUUGUACUUGUGCUGAAAGAAUAUAAUGCAACAAAUGAUCUUCUGUUCCUAUCUUCUGCAAAAUUUUUAGCCAGAGGUAUAAUUUAUUUCCACUGGUGGGCUGUAGCAACUCAGGUUCACAUUUAUAUUACCUUUUUUAAUGUAUUUUUGAUGCAGCUGCAAAGCUGACAUUUCAGCAAAACAAGCUGAGAAUUUGUUAACCUUUGGAUGCUUUAUAUCCCGAGUUGUGAACUCGCUCACAGAUGGUUUAUGCUCACAAAUGUCAGCACUGUGAGGUGAACUGCAAGGAGACAUGGCUAUCAUUAUGUAAGCAGAGAUGGCAUGAGGAUGGCCUCAGGUGUCCUGGCAGGCAGGAUCAGCUCCGUAUACCGUGCAGUCAUAAAAAAAAUAAUAUCUCUGCACUGGAUUGUUACAAAGGAGCAGAAACAAGAUCCAGCAGCCUAAAAAAAUCUCUCUUGUUCACGUUUUGUAGGUAGUGUGAGUGUAGCUUCUAUUAAAACCAUCCUUUUGAAAGUUUUUUUCUUUCCCGGUCCCAGUGAGUGUGUUACAUGGGGUGCUUGAGAUGAAGCCAGGGAAAGAGGCCAGACAUCCACCCACACACCACAUACACUCUCGUAGUAGUGUCUUUCUUCCACUUGCAUCAUUUCUCAUCUCUUUUGGCAAAGCAACACAAUAAAAAAAUAGUAUCCGUCUGGCAAAGGAAGCAUAAAAUAGAGAUUUUAAACUCUGCCUAAAAGUUUAGCUCUGCUUGAUUGGUAUGAAUAUGUGGUAAUCACCUUUAGAUGCGGUUUGAUUUUCCGCCUGUCUUUUUAGGGUUGUCUGACACUGAGUCAGAUGUGAUUUAUUCUUGUCUAGCUGAUGACCAUGACCUGCAGACUGUCAGCCAUUGUUACCUCAUGUGCAACAGCUGCCAGUGGCUGUUAAGAACGAGCAGAGGGCGUCAGAUGAGAUUUUACAGGUGUCAUAUUUAGAAAGAGCCUCAAAUCUCAACAAACCGGUUCCUGGAAUCCAUCUGAAACCGUAUCGUAAAAUGUAUACUUUGGGGAAUCACGUCUCACUUGCACGAGAGUAGAAUCAGCUGGAUGACUGAAAAAGAUACAUAUCCUUUAUCCAGCAUAGACUGAAACAUAGGGCUAUACAACGUAAGGACAUAAGACGAAGUCCACAGAUGAUCUUAAAUCAUUUCUGUAAAAUUACAGAAGGGCGAGAGGUGUUUGCGGACAGGAUACUCCUCUUCAAGGUUCAAGCAUCCUUUGCUUAAGUGGCUGAAAGGCUUUGCUGGGUCUCGAAAGGACAAUAAUAAGAUAAACAAGGAGUAGAGUCAGUUGUCCUUCAAGCCUUUGUGUCUGACUCGCUUACAGCUGAAGAUGCUAAAAUUAGCCUGAUUCAAAAGAACAGAAUCGCAGUCAGCUCUGCAGGCCAAGAACACAUAUUUGGUCACUUUCAGUUCUUGGCACCGGAAAGGACAAAACAGCGAAGAGAUGGGACGACAAAAGGAUUAAGAAGUAAAGAUAGUGAAAAGGCAGAAGGAUGUGGGAAAAACGUGUAAAUGAGACAGCAGCUCCAGUUUUAGACUGAAGACGAAGACCUUCAUCGCUGGUCCAUCUGCCAUCGAAAAUCUUAGAAAUGUGCCUUUUUCUGAUAAGCAGGCCAAGCUCUUGACAUUUAGAGCUGCAUUUAAAGAUUUUGUGUCAUUAAUGAUUGUUAUAAAGUCACCCAUUAUCUCUUUAAUCGACCGAAUAGUUGUUUUGUAAAGUCAGAUUUACUGUUUAGAUAAACCAACACUCCCGAAAACCUCAAACUUAUAAAUUCACCAGGAUGGGAAUUGAAGGAAAAACAGUUUUGAUCAUUUCUCAGCUGCUGUAUAAAGAGUUAUAAGAUGACCUAUUCAUGCACAUUAGACGCCCUAUUAAAAGCAGCACCAUUAAUAUCAAGGAAGGGUUUAUACACAAUAUAAUCUCCGGCACCACACAGGUACAAACUGCUUUUCUCAGAGGUAUUAAUUCCCACAUAUUAGCCUGUCACGGCAUCGUUCUGUGUGGCUGUCUCUCUCCCCCCGACACACACACACACUGAUAAAGCUCGUGAAGGAGCAGUUGAUCCACCUGUGGGCUGAUGUGUCAUCACAAACUCUGUGAAAGUUGGAGCCGCUCCGCCCUUUCCAGACUGCAAAAGAGCUCGGCUUGAAGCCAAACUGGCCGCGGGCGAAAGGAGCUCUGCACUGAUGGGGUAUCAGGUUGCACAGGUGGAAACACCACCCGGCCUCAGCCUCUGUUACUCCAGCUCACUUAGAGUCACCGUAGAUCUUACUGAGGUGUUAAUCCGGCUGGUGGUGCGGACUACGGGAAAUUAGCAUUCAAGUUUUUCCAAAGAUUAAGUUGGUGUCAGUAAAAGUAAAGUAAAAUAUACAUAAAUAUACAACCAUUUACAGACUAAAACUGUUGUAUUCUGGUGUUUUAAAUUGCCUCAAACAAAAAAACCCGACUCCCCUCCAUGGGCAGUUUCUUCAUUUUCAUUUGGAUGAAAUAAAAGUAAAUUGUGGGUUGUGGUGAGACAACUUUAGAGACAGCUUUGAAAACACAAAAUAAACCGUUAAAUCUCUGGAACAACAAUUUGCUUUUUUUUCUAUAAACAAAGUGCAAUAACUGCCCAAAGUCACACAUAAUUAAAUAUCAGAGCUAAACUGCAAAGGUCCUUGAUUUUUCCAUCCUAAAUGCACCUACUUUAAUCAAGUACUUAAUGCAGAAGAAGCAGUCUGAGCUGGUUUGUAAGAUCUGUUUCCAAACUUUAAGAUACGUUUGGAUUGAUUGAGGUCACUUUUAGACGGAAACGGUCUCCAGAGAAAACGGAAAAAUUUAGUUUCGUUUAGGGGGGUCCGUUUAGACGGCAACUGCGUUUUCAGGAGAUGAAAACGUAACAAAGUGAAAACCCCCUCCAGAGUGGAAAACGCUCUGCUAGUCCCGCUUUCGUCUAAAGCACAAAAACGCUGAAAACGGUCAAACCUGUGACGCCAUGGCUCACGUCGGCUCACUUUUAUGACAUCAUAGCCAUGCGCAGCUUCCUUGAAAAUAACAACAGCCGUGCUAGACAUUCGAGUCGCGCUGUCGUUAUUAUUGAACGGGCAGGAGCUCAAUUUCGACCUGUACAGAAUCCUCACGGAUCAUACUGCUCAGCAGAGGAGGCGUCGGAAUUAUUUGCAUCAAAUAAUUAAUGUAGAACGGAAGUUUUUCUACAUAUGCGUUGUUGGUCUGUAUGAGAGCUCGGUCAUACCGACACGCGUCACCUAGCGACCUGGCAUGCACAUUACAGCGUUUUCAACCACAUUGCGUUUUUGUGUAAACACAGCAUAAAAACUGAAAACAAAACGGCACUUUUCUGAUUUCUAUGAAGACUGUUUCCAUCUAAAGUGGCCUUAAUCAAGAACUUGAACCUCCAGUCAGUAAAUCACGGUUCAGUAAUGUUUAUGUAUCGAUUAUCGUGGCAUUUAUUUCUUUCUCAGGUUUUGUUUUCUCCGGGCAGCAUCCAAAACCCCCAAAGAAUCAAGUUUAAUGUUGAGAAAAGUCUGUCAAUAGUUUCACUUUUUUUCUAUCGGUUAGCUUAUUGAUAAAUCGAGUAUUUCCAGCUCUUUUUGAGAUUUUCCCGUCUCUAUAAGACUCUAUUUUAACAAUAGGAGGAUCAGAGUAGAGAAAUCGCUGCUUCACACAGUCUUAGACACACAAACUCAAAAGCAGAUGGAUUUGGGGGAUUAUGGAAACUCUCACUCUGAGAUGAAACAAAAUUCCACUUUCCUCCAAACUUCCUGCGAGGAGUUUAGUUUCAGCUCUGAGACUCCGAGCCUGCGCAGAGGCCGCCGUUGGAAUUUAAGGUUUUGUUUGUGUGUAUAAAUGUUAAUCCCGGUUAUAGCUUGAAUAGACAAAGAGGGUUUAGCAUCAGGAUGAACAUGAAAGCUGUUAGCGAGCUCUAGCAGUAGAUAAGCAGGAAGAUCAGUCAGAGUUCAUGUUGUUAUCUGAGUCAAUGAGAAAAUAACUUGUGUGACAGAAUCUGUUUAGAGUGUUAAUGUGCCACAGACUGGGUUUCUCCAAAGACCUCAUGCUUUUGAUUUAGUUUGUUUAGUGAGUCUGGACAGCCCUGCCCGCUACAAUGGCAAACACAGGGAGGUUUGUUUAGGAGUCUCUCUGUUAGUUAAUAAGGAGCAGCUUCUCAAGGUUACCCGUGGUCCUGGUUUGCGUGAGGAGUCGGCCUGUCGCCAGCAUGUCCCCUCUGUGUGGCCUGCAGGGAUAGUGGCUUUAAAAAAAAACCACCCAUCCGCUCCGCACCAGUGAGAUUACACCUGAGGGAUUUGCAAUUCUCACCGUCUGCCUGUCAGGAGCCGUGCGCGGAGUGGAGAAGCAUGUUGUGACGGCUGAAUGAAUGGUCGGCUGUUUAAUCUGUGCCAGCGAAGAAGAUUUGAGGCCCCGGGGAGAAGAGAGGGGGCAAUAAGAGAGGAGAGAGAGUUAUGCUCGGGUCGAACAACGGCUGCAUUUCACCUGGAUGGAGGUGGCUGUGUUUUGCUGAAGCUAACACAACAUGAUGACGCGCGUUCCCCUCCGUGACAGUGAACUUGAGGUGAUUUAAACGCGAUCAUCCCGGCAGCGGAGCAGCUGUGGAGCCUCUCUCGGUACGAGCAGACAGAAGGAGGCAAUGAAAUUUUAAUGAGGUGAUUGUAUUAUACAGUUUGCUGUCCGGACUUAAGCUGCUCCCCUGUGACAUCAAGACAAGACACUGAAGUGCUUGUUUAUCGGCCUCUAACCUCGGCAUGUUGUUUCUCUGGGAGGGUGUGAACUGUGGUCAGAGAUGAGUGCUGGGAAGACAUUUGUGUGAAACUUGUAUUAAAAGCCGGUGCAAGUUCCCACUUGUACGGAUGUUACCCAGAAGCGUUCUCCCUUUGGGCUUUGUGUUACACCACUCCUUCAACUACACAUUUAGGCUGCGACUUGUGAUUAAUGCCACAAUUAGGCUAACAAAGGGCCCCCAAGGACAUUUUUAUAACUAACAAAUUAAUUCAAUGUGAAAAAUACGAGGUGGAUGAAUUACGGAUGUACUUACAGCCCUGUUCGGUUAUCUUUAAUUGUCCCUGUGUCCUGAAAAGUGAAAGAAAGUGUUUGAUGGUGCUCUGGGUGGACUGAACUGGAGCCUCAGCCCGGCUUACACAGUUAAUGUGCUGUCACAAAGCAGCACUGAGUUUGACUCACAGGCAACCGAGAGAGAGAUUCGAGCAGUAUUAUCAGCAGUGGGUCCCGUACAUGAGUGUGCGGCUCCAGGAGCGUCUCUCCUACCAGGGGUGGAAUCAUCCUGACAGUCUGUGACUAGGCUCUUUUCGCCUGUCUGCCUCUCUGUGCGUCAGAUACGGGACCGAGGAGGACGAGGCCUCUGGCUGUCCCCUGUCCGGAGCUGAGAGCGUGUCACCUCCUAUCUCCUCUGGGUUGCCUGUUUGUGGGACAGGCGUUGCGCUCUAUCCUCGUCCCCCCAUGGUGGGCGAUAGCGAUGAGUACUGUAAAUGACUUCACACUACACAUGAAAUGCUGACUGGGCUCUACGAGCCUCUAAUCGAUUGACCCUGUUUUAGAGUCCGUUGUGGCUUGUUAAUUGGUCUCUAGCUCCCUGCUGACACAGUGACCCUAAUGGAAGGGAAUUACUGCUGUCUCGUCAUGCAUUAACCUCCCUCCUUCCUCCACCCCGGUCUUUCAUCACUCCUCCUUCCCUCCCUCUUCGUCCUAACCUCUGCUCCCCCCUCCCCCUCCUUUGGCUUACUCCCUGGUUUCAUAGCAGCUGUGUGGACGGGGCGAAGUGCACAUGCACUCCCGCUCCGUCACAUGUCCUUGUGCCUCUGGGAGUCUCGGUCAGGUGACUCUACAGCCAACCUUAAUAAAGCACCCAGGGGCAAACACUUAAUGUUUGCACACUAUUGUCCCUUAAUUAGGUUAAGCAUAGUUGAGGUAUGGUCGGGGUCAAAGGAGGCCUCAUUGCAUGGGGGAUCAGCUCAAGCUUUAAACAAAACAAAACACAUUUUUGUGACUCUCAACAGUCUGUGGAUUCAGCAGAAAUUCAGCAAAAAACCAAAUCGGGCAUGAGGGCCGCAGUUGAUGAUUAUCGUCAUUUUCUGCUUGUCAGAUUCCUGCUGCAGGGUCAGUUUUCUUUGAAUAACAUUCAUCCAAAAAGUUUUAGGGUUGUAACUCAAAAAUGGAACAAAAGCAGCUUCUUUUCACUGAAUCUUUGCGUUUUUCUUGGACUUGAACCAUCAAUAAGAUAACAUCUCUCAACAUAAAGAAGGUCUAUGUAGGCGUCUUUAAUCAAGAAACAGCAGGUGGUUUAGGACAGUCAUCUGAAGAGAUUAACCAAUGAUUGACUUUUCUUUUUUUUUUAUUUUUGCAGUUUUAUUGUGUGUUUGUUUCAUGCAUAGUGUGGGAGUGGGUGUGCAUGGAGACUUGGUUAGCAGCUCCAUUAUUACCAAGUGUGAAUAUUUCAUGACAACAUCAGGGUUGCUGCAUUGUAAUACGGCUGUUAAUGAUCCCUUGUACUCACUCAUUUGCCCUAAAACAGGCCUGGGACGCCUCAAAAACUGCACAGGGGGCCUGUUGUAGAAUUAUGGUUUCGUUUUUAUUUUUGGAUUUAAUUGCUGGAGGAGGAAAAGGGAAAAAAAAACUCUCCUCCCUGUCGCACCGGCAAACCAGCAAAUUGUUGUUUUAUCCUGGGGAAGAGCCUAGAGCAGGAAGGCGAGGUUUACUCUGCUUUAUUCUCAGAAACUAGCACAUUGUUAUCCAGCCUGGAAACAAGGGGAAAAUUAAACAUUGAAAGCUGCGAGAGAAGUAGGACUGAAGUAGACGCUCGGUUAGCCCUUUAGAUUCACCCCUUAUUCUCUUGCUUUUGUCUUCUGCUGCAAUAAAAAUAAGAGCAAAGAAAUCGUGAAAGGUGAAGAUGAAAAAGCCACAGUCAUUUCAGCUAAAGGCUCGCAGAUCUGACUUUAAAGUGCCGUCUUUUUCAGUCGAACACAAUGAUGAGUCAGAGAACUUCUCAUGUUUAAACUGUCUGAAAAGACCGAGUCAAUCUCAGGGCAAUGCAGCGCCGCUUUCACACACUGUCAAAGGAGAAGUGCCUGGUAGCUCUGUCUCCGUCAGGGUCAAAGUUAGUAAUGUUACUCACAGCUGAAAUGUACUUCAGAAAUGACUGAUGGUCCUUGUGGAGUUAUAAUGAGGAGUUUUUGUCUGCAGUCAUGUUGUUUUUUUUAGGCGGGAUCCAAUAAUAAACAAACUUUUCUGUCUUCUUACAGUGAGGGCGUCUUCAAGUGUCCAGAGGAUCAGCUGCCGUUGGACUAUGCCAAGGUAAGACAUCAUGAACUGAUGUUUGGUGCACAUCUAGACUAGAAUACUGAUAAUAAAUACCAAUAUUUGCAGGCUUGUUAUCAUGUAGCCUGCAAAUAUUCUGGAAACAAGCACUGAAUUUGACCCAAAAGUUCCUCACAGGAGCUCUAAAGGAUAUUAUCUUUUCAAACCAGAAGCAGUUGGAGGUAUUGCGAUUAUUUGCUGACAGAACUUGUUAAAACUUGAAAUCUAGAUAAUCAGGAGGAUACCAAAUACAUCCGAAAGAGGACAGUUAGGUUGUUUGACUCGAAAACAAAGAUCUAAAAGAUGUGGAGGAAGCAACUCUAGUAAGUAUAGCCUACAGCGGCAGAAAUGUGAAUAAACUUAUUUGCAACGGUUCAGCCAGUAAAAUGCAAAUUAGAACGGAGCCAGUGAGCUGAUGGUGACACGAAUAUAGUCCUGCCAUGUUAGAUCUACAUAUAGUCGGGGAAUGAGAUGCAAAUAACCAGAUUUUAGGAGGAAAAGCAUUUCAUGGUUGGAUGGUACUUUGACUUUGUAACGGAGUGUUUGUCCUGGUGAACCUCUGAAAACAUAAUCCAGAGUCAGAGGUUACCUUUCAUUUCAUUACAGUGAGAAAGUAGAGCGCUUAGCUGAUCUGGACUGCUGUGUGUUAUUCCUAAAUAAAUCCCUCCAAAACUAGGAGAGGAAAACUGUAUCUGAAUUUCAACUGAGCUUUUGUCCCCUUUGUUUUUUAAUCAGAUUGUGCCCAGGGGGGAUGAAGCCGUAGCAGUAGAGAUGGUGACUAACUGUAUUCAGACUCAGAGGAUGUCUCUCUCUCUCUCUCUCUCUCUCUCUCUUGCACGUGAUCUCCACGUUGUAAAGCGAAAAUAGAGCAGCAGAGGGAAAAAAAAGCUUACUUUUGAAGUAUGCAUGAGAGACCUACAAAUGAACAGCUAAUGAUCUACCCUGUUUCUGAGCUGCAGUAAAAGCACACAGCUCUCUUUGCCUGUGCAGUUUGUUAGCAUUAGCUUGAAUUAGCCAUGAAGGCAUAAACCCAAAGCUUGCAGCGGGACCAUCCUGUGCAGCAGUGCGGGUCUGCAUGCUGUGCUGAGAGCGAUGGAGGCGCCUGUAAUAGCAGGGACUCAUCCCGGGGAAGGAUGUGCUCAUGGCACACCUGUCAGACGUUGUUAUUUACCCUCGCAGGCUUCCAGUCUCCUGCAAAUUACCCCGUCCUGGUGGUCCACUCUCAGGGUUUUUUGUUAUGCUUGCUGCACACCGUCCUUUUAAAAUGAUGCACGUUCACAUCCCAGCAAGAACGAGAGCGCUGCAGUCAUUAAAGCGCCGCUGUAGUAGUAGAGAGACUAACAAUGGCUAAAGCAGACAGAAUAAACCCUCAAGUUGGAGCUCCGAAGAGCUUAACCCCCCUGAUCUGCCUGGGACUAAGUUAUUAAAAGGUCAUCAUUGCCGUCUCCCUGCAGAUUCCAAGACUGGAACAAUGAGAGAGUGUUUCACUUUGCUUUAGAGGAUUUUGCCCCUUUUUGCCUCUGCUGAAAGAAUGUGAUAAUGGCUGCAAAAAAAAGGAAAACAUCUGCUUCUCUGUACAAGUGGAGUGAAGCAAGUCAAGCAUGUGUUUAAAUAUUUAUACAUAGCUGUGUUUCUACAGAGCAUAAUUAACAGGUUUGGAUUCGACUUUAAUACUCUUGUGUAGCUUGGCUCGGUCUUUUUCUAACACUGUUUUAUUGUGGAUUAGUGUCAAAAUUAACUUUUAAUUUGAAAGCAAUUGCUCCCAUGUUUUCAGCGCAGAGGCACGUGAGCACGGUUCCCGCUGUUCCUGAGCUGUUGUUUGUUUAGAGGGCUGUUGUGACAUUUUGUUGAAGUGGCUUUUCUUGUUUGACCAGCAGUGCUCUGCCUGUGUGACAGUAUGGGGGGAUGGAGAUGCAGAGCAGAGCAGUAAAUCCUCAGGACGGCGGACUUGAGGGGAAGAUUUGGGGUGUUUGGGCCAAAAACUGACUCAUACUCAUCGCUCAGUGACCACAGAGAAAAUAAAUCUUCUCCUCCGCUCUCUCAAAGGUCUUAUAAAGCUGUAAAGAUGCUCAUUAUCACUGCAGUGACGGGGCGACAGACUGCUGCUUUCUGACACAGUAUAGUGUUGAGGAUUGUGCAGAUGAAGGCUUCACAAUCACACUCUUAUAUAUGAUGUUAAAACCGACAUAUUGCACCAGAAAUACACUGCUUCGAUUGACUAGUUUGGUGACUGGCACUGACUUGACAUCUACAUACAUGUCAAGUAGUUUAAAGGAUGUUGUUUAAUUAAAAAAAAAGCUAAAUUUAUUGUUUUGAAGAAAGUCAGAUGUUGGAGCUGAUCGUCCUCUCGGCUACAACGGUAUUUUUAUCUGCAGCCGUACAGAUGACCUUUGAGUAAUCAUGUUUAUUUCAGGAUUCGGAUCAAGACGGUGACAUUUAUUAAAGCAAUGACUGUCAGUUCAUGAAGGUUCACAGUGCCCUGACAGAGCAGGGUUUAACUCGGGUCAGAAUCAACAUUUGACAAACUGACGUCCUGAGUAUAGAUAUAGAGCUCACAGAUACAAAAUUUACAUUAGUUCAUGAUGCAAACUCACACAUCUUUGCGGAGUGACAGUGGUGUAUAACAGUCUUUAAGCUUGACACGUCCUGUAUCCUCCUUUCAGAUCUACCCGGAUCCAGAACUGGAGCAGCAGAUCCUGGCGCUGCCAAUCCGCUGCAUCCACAGUGAGGAGGGCUGCCGCUGGACUGGCCAGAUGAAGCAGCUGCAGGUGAGACUCGUAUUUCCUCUUGAUUUAUCUCUGCUGCCUGAUCAAACAUGCAUCUCAUCUUAUCUCCCCCUCAUACCUGUUGCCCCCCUCUCUCCCUCCCUUUCUUUCCUCCCUCACGUUGCAUCUUCUUGUCUCUUGGCAGCUUCCUGGCUGAACGCCCGACAUGUGGUCGUGUGUGCGUAUGUGUUUUAGUGAGUCUGACGUUGUUGUUGUAUCUCCCUCAGGGCCACUUCUCCACCUGCGCCUUCAAUGUGAUACCCUGCCCCAACCGCUGCUCUGUCAAGCUGACGCGCCGCGACUUGCCCGACCACCUGCAGCACGACUGCCCCAAGCGCAAGGUCAAGUGCGAGUUCUGUGGCAGCGAGUUCACCGGUGAAGCCUAUGAGGUAAACAGAACCCCUCCUCCGAUCCUGUUUUUUUCCCGCUGGAACACAGCAGGAGCUGGACGUAAACAACCCCGAGUGAUGCCACAUAAUUUCCAUGCUCGUAUGAAAGACAUCUUUGAAAGCGAGUCAGCAGGAGGGACUCGAACACGUGUGUUCCUGCCGGUCUGUUUGGAAAUAACACAAGAAGCUGUGACUGGGUCUUUUAUACGGGAGAAGUUUUCCUCUGUGGGCAGGAUGAAGUUCCCCAGAGUCUCCUCACUAACACCUUUCCACCACACGGCCCCUCCUGUGUUUACUCUGCCCCCUCUGCACACAGUCACCCUCUGGCUCUUACAGUGGAAUAACAGUCGUGUUUACAACUCUAUUUCCCUUCAAUCCUGAAUAUAUGCUAUCUGUAUCUCUAUCACAGAACCACCAGGGUGUGUGUCCUCAGGAGAGCGUCUACUGUGAGAACAAAUGCGGGGCCAGGAUGAUGCGUCGUCUGCUCUCCCAGCACAGCAUGGCCGAGUGUCCCAAACGCACGCAGCCCUGCAAAUACUGCGGCAAGGAGUUUGUCUUUGACACCAUCCAGGUCAGUCUGCCGUCACAUCCUGUGACAAUCAGUCUCAAAUGUAGUUAUUUUUGGCAGGAGCAAGCCAGGUAAGUGCCAAGUCCUAUUCAGAGUCAAAAUGUGACUCCUGUCACUUUGGAUGCACCUGUCACCUGUCCUGCAUGUGACUCAUGGAGGGUUUUCAGCCUCAGCAGAGCCGCUGAAGCUGCAGGAUGUUACCUUCACGGUGUCACUGUUGUGUGGCAUCUGGAUGAUAGUAUGAAUUGCGAUCUGCUCGCAGGGCUUUAAUGUGGAAACACUUGCCUUUGGACACAGGAGGAGGCGGAGUCGUUUUACAUUAAAAAACAGAGAUCUGAAUGUAAAGAUGUAGUUUGGCCCAGUUUAGUCUGUAGAUACAACAGCUGGAGUCAUUUUCCCCUCUGACACUGAUGAGAUAUCAGCUUUUUUGCUCCUCACAGCCGAAGAUUUUGUCUUAUAUUCUUGCAAAUUGAAUAAAAAUGUUGAUUUUAUAAUGAGAAGAAACAAUAGUUGUAACCUACUGAUACUUUUAAUUUACCUGCUGAUUUUUCCCUGUUGAGUAAUCUGGCCAGACUACAUGUUAACUCUCCAAAUACUUCCUCCGUCUCAUCAGUACAAACAAUGUUAAAUCAUUUGAGGGCCAUCAACAGUCCCAUCUCAGUCAGCUAAAGGGGUUUUAUCACACUGAUCAUGAGGACAUACUGGGUUUUACAUGUUCUAACUGGCAGCUCAGUCUUGUUUUGUUCAGUUGGUGAAUUCUGGGUAAACAUUUUCCUCUGGUUUGAUGUUGCAGCCUCGUUUUUAUCACUCUGUGUUUUGAGAACUUUCAAGGACAGCUUUCCCUUUGCAGCCAUUAGUUUGCAACCCCACUGUGCAGCGUCCCUGCUGUGAGGCUGAAGUGCAGGCGUAUUAAACACUGUCCCCAUUCCCCUCUGCAGAACCAUCAGUACCACUGCCCUCGCUUUCCUGUCCAGUGCCCGAAUCAGUGCGGCACGCCCAACAUCGCCCGGGAGGACCUGGCCAACCACGUGAAGGACAACUGCGGCAGCGCGCUGGUUCUCUGCCCCUUCAAAGAUGCAGGCUGCAAACACAGAGUAAGACUGACCCACAUCAUUCAACCUUUUCCUGUAUUAUUCCAGCCCUCUGGAUGUUGAUUUAUGAUGAUCAACUGGCCAGUUUGCUUUUCUUGGAUUUUCUUUCUUUACAUAUCCUCCAUGUCCCUGCCUGCUGCGUCCAAAGUAAUGAUUUUCGCCUUCUUGAACAUACAGUUCUGUGCCUGCGGGGUCUAUUUUAAUAAGAGCAACACGUUUAUAUUCUGAACACGCAAUGAUGUCUAUUUUUGAAGCUGACGUCAAUCAAAAGAGAAGCGGCGGAUGUGCAUCAUGCUCUGCGUGUUAGCAUGUAGAGAGCUUGAUUUGAUACCUACAGAUGGCUUGAUUGAAAGCAAGAACAGUAAUGACUAAUCUUAAUAAAGCCUGUCUUGGCAACGUUCAGUGUGUGGCUCAGAAAUAGGUGCACCUCAUGUAGUCACGUUGAGUUUUUUUACAUAAGAUCAAUUAAAGAUCACAUUUAUGCAACGAGGUUUGUAUUUUUUAUUCACAAUUUGCCACUGAAGUCAAUUUCCUGAACUAAAACCACAGACAAGAAGUUACAGAUUACGCCUGAAUACCCAAAACAGGAGGCAGAAACUGUGAUACCCUAAAUUAGGAUAUUUAUCAGCAGCUUCUAGAUGAUUGAUCUCUACGCUUUCUUUUUGCAGUGCCCCAAACUCGCUAUCGGUCGUCACCUUGAGGACACCACUAAGUCUCACCUGACUAUGAUGUGUAACCUGGUGGGGCGCCAGCGACAGGAGAUCCUGGAGCUUCGAAGGGAGAUGGAGGAGCUGUCCGUCAGUCACGAUGGCGUUCUCAUCUGGAAGCUUAACGACUAUUCCCGCAAACUCCAGGAGGCCAAACUCCGGAGCAACCACGAGUUCUUCAGCCCGCCCUUCUACACCCACCGCUACGGCUACAAGCUGCAGGUGUCCGCUUUCCUGAACGGUAACGGCAGCGGCGAAGGCUCCCACCUCUCCGUCUACAUCCGGGUGCUGCCCGGUGAGUACGACAACCUGCUGGAGUGGCCCUUCUCCUACAAGGUGACUUUCUCCAUCCUGGACCAGAGCGACCCCUCGCUUUCUAAACCCCAACAUAUCACCGAGACCUUCAACCCCGACCCCAACUGGAAAAACUUCCAGAAGCCCAGCAGCACCCGCAACUCGCUGGACGAGAGCACACUGGGCUUUGGCUACCCGAAAUUCAUCUCUCACGAGGAGAUCAAGAAGAGGAACUACAUCCGAGACAACUGCAUCUUCAUCAAGGCCUCUAUAGAGAUCCCCCAGAAGAUCAUGGCUUAAGAUACAAGACAGUGAAAGACUGGAACUGACACUUAACCCAACAGACACUUGGACACACUUACCCUUUAGAGACUUUCUGCCCUUGCAGCCUCUCCACCACAGAGCUUGAAGCGAGUCUGUCUGGCUGUACGAGCUAACUUGGAGGACCUUGAUUUAUCACAGAGGAGAAAGUGUUUGGUCCGCAGAGCCAUCACUCUCUGGUCUUUCUUUUUUUUUUAUAUUAUUUUUUAAAAAUCUGUUUGCUGACCUUUUAUCACAGUCUACAACAAAACGCCUUGGAAAUCAAACAGUGCCUAGAGAGUUUAUCUUAAGUUAUAUUUUUGUUGUUAUUUCUGCAGUACAGAUGUUGAAGAUUAUGGAAGAGAUAUAAAAGAAUAGGAGUGAAGGGCUUCGCUAAGCCUCUGCACUUAGAAAGUAAAGAAGCUGGUUCGAGAGUCCCGCUGGGGUGAUCUGAAGAAGAGGGAGCUCAGCAGACUCAAGCUCAAGCCCAACUGCCUUUUGUUUACAUGCUUAUACAGUGUGCUCCCGCUGAUCCUUCUGCAAACACAGAGCCCUCGGUGAGAGACUUCUUGUGAUGUCUGUUGACACACAAACCCAGAUCGAUGUUUUUGAGUCAGAAACUUGCAGCUUCAAUCAAUUUGACGAGGUUUUAAAGGAAUACUUUUGACGUUUCGGAUGAGCUGGAUGAGAAAAUCAAUACCACUCUUGUGUCCGUUCACUCUGCUUAGCACAACAACUAAAAACUAACUUAUAAAACAAGAGGCUAAACAAGGAGGUUAACCUGCUUUUGGCUUUAACUCCAUAUUUAAAAGCAGUAUUUAGUCAUGUAAAUAUUUGCAGUAUUUACAAGAACCAGAUAAGAAGAAUGACAAAACUCGGUAUGGUUUGGUUAGGAUGGAUCUACAACCAGCACCAUGAACUCCAACUUUGUUGCCUGUUACUGCUUAUUGAAUCCACACUAAAAUGAUCUCCGUACAGAGCCAGAAUCAGGUUAAUAUUACGCGCGGCUAAGCUUGAAUAGUGAAAAGACAGUUUAGCUCAGCAUAUAGACUAGAAAGAGAUUAAAACAAGCAAGAAAUGAUGUUAAUAAAUGAGCUUAAAAGGUGCUUGAAAGUUGAUUGUGUUACCAUGAAACAAGCAACCCACUGAGCAUUUUUCGGUCUAAAAGAGGUCUAAUAGACGUCUAACUGUAGCCUAGAUGACUGGUCUAGAAUCGGGCUACCACAGGUCUAAAAAUGAAAGUUCUUUAGACAUUUAGACAUUGGGCUGAAUCUAUACUACACUGUAUUUUGCUCAACAGCUAUCAUAAUUAUUUUGGUUAAGUACUUAGAGGUCAAUUAUGCAACUCACAGUUGCUUUUUGAAAUAAAUAGUCAUCGAAAAAUGGGUUAAAGUGCAACGUCUAAAUUCUGUCUGACAAUAUACAGAAUCUCGACAGUUGAAAUUAAGUCUAAAAAAACCUAGACGUCUAAUAGCCGUCUCCUGCUCAGUGGGAAGUUAAGUCUCUGUUUCUAGUUUUAUUGCAAAGCUGAAAAAGUUCAAGGCUGCCAGUUGUAGUAAAUGAAUCAGCGCACAAGAGUGGUAUAAAUCUUUUCAUUUUGAGGUCAGAAAAAGUAAAAAAUCACUGCUCAUGAUAAUAUCAAAUGCUGUUUUUUACUAUGUCGGAUUUUCAACACUCAUCUCUACCCAUCCCAGGAACUGUCUGUGACUUUGUGUUUGUCAGAACUUUGAACCGGACCUGAAGCGUCAGGAGCGUGCAGAUGUACCAAACACUUUUUUUUUUUCAUAAUUACCAUAUGAGGCUUUGUGUCGUCAAUAGAGUCAGCUAACAGGAAAAAAAAGAAUCUGAAAGCACCUUUCCUCGGUCUUCUGAUGAGCAGAGCAGACAAAGAGGCCAGUCGUUAAGAGUAGACCCGCAUUUAAUAGUGAAGGAAAAGCCAUGUGGCCUUUUUAUACAGUAUGUCUUCGCAUGAGGGUUUUCGAGGUGAGCAAGGCAACAUAAACACAUGCAUGCUUCAUGUGCAACCUGGACCACAUUUUUGUACUGUAACCUGUAUUCUUGAAAUCUUCUCCCGUUAAUGGCUAUGUUGUCUCUCAUUUUUUUGACCUUUUUGAAGUUGACAAAUUGUCAAAGAAGACUUUUUGUAAGUUUUAUGUUUUUAGAUACAAAAAAAAUGUGAAAGCGGUUGGUUAUAUAACCCGUAAAGACAAUGAACACUCGGCUGUGAAGUGUAUUGUUUUACAUAGCUUGGGCGUAGAUGGCUUUCUGAUGCUUAACGGCGCCGGUUCUGCAAAUAUGUGGGUAUCUCUGAAACUGACUACACCUUUGUUGUUACCAUGGUCACCGGUGUCUAUUUGCAACUCUGCAAGAGGAGCUUUUGGAGGAAAGAAGCCCCGUGCGAUACAUCUGUCUCCAUCACAGCACCAUCAGAGGGGUGGAGGACUUCAAUGAUACAGUAUCUCAUCAUGUAUGUGAAUACUAAUGUAAAAAUGCAGAAGCACAUUCUGUCUUUUUAUUAUUGUACAUGGAAAAAAAAUCCUGAUUUCUUGUCAUGAUACCAGCUGAUAUUUUACAGUGAUUAAAAGAAGUGAGAAGAUUAAAAAAAAAACUUUUUUGUAAGAUUCCGUAUUUUUAAAAAUACUUAGCUGUUUUAUACAAACACUUUUGGUUGGAGAGUCGGGGUUGACUUUGGGAAUUUUCAGACCCUUUCGUCUCUUGGACAUUUGGAUAAUUUGUUUGUACUUGUGGUUUGAGCCUCACAUAUUCUGUCUGUAUUAUUUCCUCUUAAAAGUAUUUAUUUUAAGGAGCUGUCAUGUGACUUUGCGCUGAUGGCAGAAAUGUUUUAAUAUGUUGAUUGAUGAGUGCUUGUCAAUUUCAUAAUUGAAAUAAAGUACCAUAUAUUAUAGUCACUUUUUUCACUGAUGUUCUGUUAUGGGCAAAAUAUCCACACAUUCUUAAUUUCUUCUUAAAAGUCCUUUUGAUCGGAUGAAAGUAUCCUGUAAAAGAGUCUAAUGGCACUGGCACAACAUUUGUUAAGCUAACUUAAGAAAACCUGUUUAUUUUUAUUUUUAUCUUACAUUGUUUACCGACUUUCAUGAAAAACAGUUUAUAUUGAAAAAAAUUUGUGUGGUAGUCUGUACUGUGAGCAGGUCAUUAUGAAAAUUAGUAUCUGUUGCAGGACCCCAAGGCACUUGUGGUUUAAGUUACCUUGCAGAAAAUACACUCGCCAGUUCUGCUGCUGUGGCCUGGAUUGCAGGACAAAAUUUCUGGCAUUGUUUGGGACCAAAGCUCCUCGGGCAGCUAAAAAACAUGUGCCUGAUAACUGACAUUAUUUUCCUUCUGACACUGUCAGCCUGAGGCAGAAUCAAACGUUCAUAAUAGAGAGGUUUUUUUAAUGUGGAAUUGCUGAUAGAAUCUAAAAAUUUUGCCACAGUGUCAACAGGCAGAGGUUGAAUUAAUUACCAUUGUUGAUGCGUUUGACCAAUCAGAGACGUUUACACAGUUGGGUCGUAAAUCUUGCAUUUCAUACAGAAAUAGUGUCAAAAUAGUCAAAUGUGACCAUUUAAGGUCAGUUGUAUGCUUGUGAUUAAAGCUCCAGUUAGGAUCUUUUGGUUUAUGUAAAGUUUGGUGCCCCCUGUGGACAAAGCUGUCUUUGCUUAUCUUGUCCUCCCUGUUCAUAAGUAGCAUCCUGCUGAUUUUUUUUUAAGUCAAAUCUGUCAUUUUAUAAAUAUUUGAUGUCAGAAUUGUAAAUACAGGGCUGCAUCUUCAUUCAUCAGGCAUUAAUACGAAUUUAAGUCUAUUUCAUAAACAUCAAAAAACUCCCUACAGGAGCUUUAAGUUUAGUAGCUGAAGGAUUCAAACAGCUUUACUUUCUAACAUACAACUCUUGCUCUGUUUCCAUUUAAUUUAAUUCUUUUAGCAAUGGAAAACUUAUUCAUAUCACAAAUACUCAUGAUGAGAGACUCUGCUUCUUUCAGGACUCUCUGCAGCAGCUACCCUAGUUUUAUUUCCAUUUCACUGCCUUUUUCAGUGAUCUGGGUCAGAGGUGAAAGCUGUUUCUGUCCGGUCUUCACUGUAGUUUUUGCUCCAAUGCUGCAAGAAGUGGAGAGAAGCGAAGGAGCAGAGGAAAGGGGGCAGAGGAAGCGAGUCAGGCACCAGCCUUGCUUUGAAGCCGUGCCAGGAGUUUGCAUUAGCUUGCAGUUUGGAUGACGUUCAGUGCAGCGGGAUUAAGGAAAGGGAAAAUGAGCUCUUAACAGCCAAGUCACAGAGCGGAGGACAGUCCUGUUUAUCACCCACUGUACAAUAGCAGGCUGAAGUCUCCUUAAAAAGCAUUAUCACUUCUCUUAGAGUGCACAUUUCCCUCCAUUCAAUGUGGAGACAACAUCUGUUUUUAUGAAUUCAGCAUGACUUUCUCUGCCUCUGAACAAUGUUCCCUUUUCGUGGUGGAUAUUACCAAUAUCCUGGAGAAAAAAAAACACUGAGUGGGCUUGUUUUUCAUACAGGUUUUGCUGUUUUUCCUAAAUCCGUCCACUGUGAGACGGAUCAUUCAUUUAAUCAGGGAGGGGUUUUUGGUUAGGACUGUCCCCUCUGUCUCUCUUUAGACCUGUGCAGAAAGUAAAAGAGCCUCUUUGAGGACCUCAAACUUUCCUGGCAUCGGGUGUACAACCAGCAGCACUGUGCUCCUUCAGGGCGAUGCAGAAUGAAAAUAGAAACAGCUAAUUACAUGUUAGCUAGCUCUAUGUUUCCCACGCAGCACGGAGUCACGUGCAGCGCCGUGUACAGUGCUGCCCUUUGGCUUUGCAGUCUUUCAGCUGACCCUCCACUUGCUCGGUUAAUGAUUUGCAGGUACAGUCACGUUCUCAUACACCGUGCAAACGCCAGCACAGAGCUCGCCUUACCUUUGGUCGCUGUGUGCUGAAAGUCAGAUUCCAGGUUGGUCAGAGGAGGAGGAGGCUGUGGUGGUGGUAAAGGCGGAGAAAGGCCCGGCCCAUGAGGCUUUCCUCACCCAUAAAAAACAACACAUCAAAGCGGGGGGCUGUGGUUUAUGAGGCGGUGCCAUGCUGUCGUCCCUCAUGCUGAACUCAAACGGUUUCAGCUCCACGGUGAACGGAGCUGGUACAAGAGUUAGUCAGUGAAACGGUAAUAAUAAACAGAGGGAAGCGUCUGAGCUGAACAGUAAAAGUUCACUCCUGACCAAAUCACCCGAGAAGAAGCUCACCGGUUAUUCACUGACCUUUGCGACAAAACGAGAUAAUACCCUCACUGAAAAUCUGAAUCUACUGAAGAGAACUGAGAUGUGGGUCAAAGCUCUGGAAGAAACCAGGGAGAACUUUUAGCUCCUUGACAUUUUCAAAUGCUUAAAAAUGCAUUUCACUGAGAAUAAAGGCAGGGCCAGCUCAAGACAUUAGCGGACACAGGCCCUAAAUGUCUCCUGACUGAAUUUGGAGAUCUCUCUUAAACAUGCUGGACUCGAUCACGCAUGGACCUACUUUUUACUUACAAUACUUUCCUAAAUUACUCAUUCGUGUGUGAGAAUAUAAAAUUGGGUUGAAAUGUUCAACAAACUAUCCUCUCAGCAGUGAUUGAGUCUGACCCAAAGGUGUUGAGAAUCAAGUAAUCUGACCUUCUGGCACGUUCUGUCCUGGAUUAUCCAAAAUCUAAUCUUCUGUUACUCAGAGGCUGUUCCACCCGGCCUGCCCCUCCCUCCAGUCCCAACAGGCAUCAGCUGUGAGUCAUUGAUCUCCACUUAUCAGCGCGAGCUGGCACAGCUGCAGAGGUGUUAAGUUAUUGUGCAUCAUUUGAUUUGUGUUGUCAAGAGCUGCAGAUGUAACCAACACACAUCUCAUACGUAAAUCAUUAAAAAACAUGUACAACAUUCAGAUGAGACACGGACCACACAUGAGUCAUCAGGCUCGAUGAGAUGUUUGUUUGAUGCUUUGCUGCUGCAGAUUUUAGUUUCAUAUUUUAAGGGAAAUUUAAUUGUCUGUUGUUUCACAUAAUAUGUCUCUAAAAGUCAUCUACUAUUUACAGUACAGUUGUAAAGUCUGAUGGCUGUUGGUACAAAAGAUCUUCUGAAUCUUUCUGUCCUGCAGCGAAGAGAGAGGAGCCGUCCACCACCAUUGGCCCUUUGGUCCAUCAAGGUGUUGUGAAGUGGGUGAUCCAUAUUCUUGACAAUAGUCUUCACCUUCCUCAGUGUAGAUCUCUCAGUGAUCUCUCAUUUCAUAUAUUUUUGAGAAGCUUUCAGACAAGUUUUGGCAAACCCACAUCAAAUCUUUCCUCCACUUUUUUUAGAUCACAAGCUGGAUGAGACAUACUUCUCUAACAUAAAUAUUUGUGAUAAGGUUGUCGGACUACGCCAACCUCCCAGCUCGCCCCUCUGAUCAUCACCUGGACUGCACAGAAUCCAAAAGCAGCAGAUAUACAGCUGGGCACCUUAUUAUCAGUGCAAAUAAAAGUCAGCCUCUCCUGCGUAUUGAUUUAUUCAUCCUCUCUGAUGUGCAUCCACCGGGCGAAGUGAUUGAUAGUUUCAUCUCUUUUUAGAGGCAGUCGAGCAAGACCAGAAGCAGUGACCCGAGGUCAAAGGUCAGUCAGACCCUCAGUGGAUACCUGCCAGCAGCAGAACGGAGCUGUCAGGCUCGGAUCAAUCGCUGGCCUGGAUUACUGGAAUAACACAAACGCCCAGAGAGAAGAGAAUCUGGAGGCGUUCACAGGCCACAAGCUCACACAAACACAUCGAUGAAAUCUUGGAGAAAUCUGCCGCACAUUCUUGGGUCUUCCAGACGGGAUUAUGGGCACAAAGUCGAUUAAGUGUCUAGAAUUCAAACCAGUAGCAUAACAUGGAAAUAUGCAACCUAUUUUAUUGAGACAGUGCUGAGCUCGCAGACUUUCCUGCGGCCGAAGGAUCCAGGUUUUCAAAACUCUGUGGAAGUGGAAAACAAUAUGAUCAUUUUUGGAUUAUGACAGUCUGGGAAUUUUGAAAGAAGAAAAGGUGAAAACUGUUUAAAAAGGCUGAUUAAUCGAGGCAGAUACUUGGAUGAGAAAACGUUUGUUUGUUUAGGUGCCAGUGAGAAACUAUUCAGUGCGGCUUCAAUCAGAUUUACAUGUCUUCAAGUACUUUAAAAGUCCAGUUUCAGACUAACACAACUAAUUUAUAUCUAUUUUGGAGGUUUGAUGAUUUGAUUUAUCCUGCUGCAUGUUGCUUCUCCUGGUUUGCUUCAGUCAAACAACAUUACAGUCAUCACCCCAUCUGCCUGCUAACUGUGAAUUCAGAUGUUUCCUGCUGCUUUCACCGACCAGCUCAAGAGCUUCUUGCUGAAGUUUUUGGAGGUGGGAUUGGCAGGCGGCACUGUGCGUGCGGAUGUGACAUCAUGACGCUGUAUGUACGCCUUGUUAUGUUACCGGAAGUGCAGACACGGCACCUGCGGUUGUGUUUUAUGCCAGAGUUAAUAAUGAAACUUCCUGGACUGACCUCAACAAAUAAGCUAAAGGUUAAAGAGUGAAGACCGAGUCAGGUAAGAGAGUCGCGAUCGGAAUAAGUGUUUACAUUGACGCGUUUCGGAAUAACGAUCUGCAUAAAGCACC